UGCCAAUAACAGUUACAUUGCUGAGAUUUUUCUCACGUAACUCAUAAACGCUGCUGUCACAGAGUACGUAAGAUCUGAAUUAGUGCCACUGACUACAUUUUCUUUCUAGAACAGGUACUAUACACUAUACACACACAGAAGAGAGCUAACAAGCUUUCAUUAUCUCCUCUCUAGUUUUCUUGCGCCCUUUCCUCAGUGGUAGGCAAUGGGUGAACCUGCUGAAUUACUGCUCAUCAGGGACCAGUAUGAGCUGGCGUUUCAUUCUUUGAGUCGUGGACUGGCUGCUGAAGAGGCAGAGAAAAGAGCCGAGGCCCUCGAGUAUUACAGGAAGGGUCGGCUGCACCUCACUCAGGGACUGGAGGUUCCCACUGGAGGGCAGCGGCAGCAGGGAGCGAACUGGGACACAGCCCGGCGGCUUCAACAGAAGAUGAGGGAUACUUUAAAGACAAUUGAGAACCACCUUUCUGACCUGGAAACAUCUCAGCUUACUAUAACAGCAAACCAGAGAGACCAGCUGUUGAAGGAUCUUUCUGUUCCCCAACUUUAUCCAGACCUGGCACCUAACGGCCAGCCUCCCCAAAACUCUGUCCACCAUCUCUACCCCACCAUACCUGCUACCACCCACAACAUUGUCCCAACCCCCAACACAGUCCCUGUCAGUCCUGCGACCCCUCCUGCUCCAGACACACUCCCUGCAGUGGUUUCAAAAACUAUAGCCAUGGCCAGUCCAGCAGAGCAGCCUCCAGCAUACACACCACAGCCCACAGAUGGGCACCGUAUCCUGGCUUAUGCUCCUGUUGAAGGUGGCUUUUGUCCAGGAAGACAGACUGCAGCAGUAGCAGGAGAAAAUGGAACUGAACUGCUGUGCAUCCCUUCCGGGGUGCAGCUGUUUUUUGUGGCACCAAACGGGCAAGUCAGCUCACUCUCCUCUCCAGGCUACCUUCGCAUCAUUGUGGUGAACAGUCAGCAGGAUUCCCCUGCUGAAAAACCUGCAGUGUUUUUACAUGUAUGCGAUUGGAUGUACCCACUGACAAAAGACACCCCAGUGCUGCUGGCUAACUCCGGGAUCUUUAUGUUCCCUGACUCCUUGGCAGAAAUGCCAGGGUGCUAUGCGGGUAUAGUGUUGUCUUCUGAACUGCCUCCUGCAGACCUGCAGACUUUUCAGGACCUCCUGUCACAGCUUGCUGAAUUCAGGAUCCAGGGUCCAGAGGGCACAGAGUCAGAGGUAGUCAACUUGAGUACGAAAGUCCCCCUUAAUCCCACAAAAGAGCAAGUAGAACCGACUACAUCAGCAGGAGAGCAGGAAAAACUACCACUUCCUGGAUGGAGUGAGAAGAUGGGUCAAGGAAUCUUGACAGGAGCGCUUCGGUUGAGUGAUUCACUGAUAAAAGGAGCAGAAGCUACUGGUAGGGCCAUUCACAAAGGAGCAGCCAAGAUUCGAGACCAACUCACACCUGAAGAGACUCCUUCAGAGGUCAGCCCCAGUACCACCAAACGUCUGGAGAUGGCCAGAAAGGCCACUGGGGGUGCUGUUCGAGUCAGCCAGUUCUUGGUGAAUGGUGUAGGCACAGUGGCAGAAAAACUGGCAGAAAAGAUGGCACCUCAUGUGAAGAAACAUGGUGCAAAACUGGUUCCAGAAGCUUUGAAGAAGAAAGAAGACGGCCAAGCUUCCAAAAUGGAUGGAGCCAAGUUUGUAGCGGUCAGCACUGUGCAUGGUUUGGCUACCAUUUGGUCCAGUCUGGAGACUGGAGCAAAACUUGUUGGGAAAAGUGUGGCAGCAGAGACGGUCUCAACUGUCACUUACAAAUUUAGGGGCUUAGAGAAUCUUUUAAACUUGUCCAGAAACAUAUGACUGCACAGCGGACUAAAGGAAAAGGCUUGUAAACUAACACGUGUACCUGCUCAACCCUUUCAUGCACACAGCAGUAAACUGUCAACAAGAUAAAUACAACAACAUAACGCGGAACUAACUUAAUCAAAAUGGCAUUUCUUAGUCAUACAUGUCAGACACAGAAAGUAUGUGUUUUGGUUUCUGUUUUGACUCUUUGUAAUUUAAAACCUUGCCUAAACAGGAUACGUAACAGAUUGGGUGUUUCCUUUGCUCUAGCCCCAUAAAUGCAACACUGCUUUUAUGCUUCGUGUCUAAUUCCCUCUGUGUGUUAUUCAAAGAACAGUAAUGGCUUUGAAAACAUAGGUGACCUACACUCAGUGAUAUGUCUGAACACCUUCUGUGUAGACAAAUACAUCCCUGGAGUUGGUGCUACUGGGCUAAUGUUCUGUUUGAGCUGUGGCUUCUGUGUAGACACAAUAUAAAUAUCAGGUGUCUUUCUGGGUCUGUCCAUGUUACUGUUACAUGUCAGCUUGUGCUGGGUGGUGAUGCUUAUGCUCUUCAUACUAUUUAUCUGUAGAUAUUUUCCAUAGUUUGUUGUUAAUAAACAGCUAUAAAUAAUGA